GACAGCUGCCCUGGCUCCCUCCCAGCAAGAACCCCCGGACCCUCAUCUCUCAUAAGGAAAGGGACUUCUGGGUCCUUUAAAAAAAAUCCCACCUCAAUCCCCCAGGGCUCUCCUGCAGCUGCUGGAGAGAGAGAUGCAGAAUGAAUGAACUUCUGGUUUCUGGAGGAGGCACAGGAAGAAAGAUUGGAAACUAACUCUGCUAGAAACUGCUGUUUUGGAGAUUUUUUCUUACCCUUCAUCUCCACCACAAACCUGUCCCUUCCCUGGGCACCAAGACGUGGGCUCCCCUUGCCUGGCAGAGAAACAGCUGGAAACUGGCUCCCUGAGACAAGAAGACUGGUAAACCCAGCGCUUCCCACCUGGCGGUCUUCAGCAAUGCCCAUGCCUGCCAGAGAACGGAGCCUGCAUCCCAGACACCACCACUAUGGUUCCCACAGCCCUUGGAGUCAGCUCCUGUGCAGCCCCAUGGAGACGCCGUCCAUCAAGGGCCUUUACUACCAGAGAGUGCGGAAGGUGGGUGCCCUGGGCGCCUCCCCGGUGGACCUGAAGAAGGAGAUCCUGAUCAACGUUGGGGGCAGGAGGUAUCUCCUCCCCUGGAGCACACUGGACCAGUUCCCUCUGAGCCGCCUGAGCAAACUCAGGCUCUGUCGGAGCUACGAGGAGAUCACGCAGCUCUGCGAUGAUUACGACGAGGACAGCCAGGAGUUCUUCUUCGACAGGAGCCCCAGCGCCUUCGGGGUGAUCGUGAGCUUCCUGGCGGCCGGGAAGCUGGUGCUCCUGCGGGAGAUGUGCGCGCUGUCCUUCCAGGAGGAGCUGGCCUACUGGGGCAUCGAGGAGGCCCACCUGGAGAGGUGCUGCCUGCGGAAGCUGCUGAGGAAGCUAGAGGAGCUGGAGGAGCUGGCCAAGCUGCACAGGGAGGAGGUACUGAGGCAGCAGAGGGAGACCCGCCGCCCCGCCUCGCACUCCUCCCGCUGGGGCCUCUGCAUGAACCGGCUGCGCGAGAUGGUGGAAAACCCGCAGUCCGGGCUGCCCGGGAAGGUCUUCGCUUGCCUCUCCAUCCUCUUCGUGGCCACCACGGCCGUCAGCCUGUGUGUCAGCACCAUGCCCGACCUCAGGGCAGAGGAGGACCAGGGUGAAUGCUCUCGGAAGUGCUACUAUAUUUUCAUCGUGGAGACCGUCUGCGUGGCCUGGUUCUCCCUGGAGUUCUGCCUGCGGUUCGUCCAGGCCCAAGACAAGUGUCAGUUCUUCCAGGGGCCCCUGAACAUCAUCGACAUCCUGGCCAUCUCCCCAUACUACGUGUCGCUGGCGGUGUCUGAGGAGCCCCCGGAGGACGGCGACAGGCCGAGCGGGAGCUCCUACCUGGAGAAGGUGGGGCUGGUCCUGCGUGUGCUGCGGGCUCUGCGCAUCCUCUACGUGAUGCGCCUGGCUCGCCACUCGCUGGGGCUGCGGACGCUGGGGCUCACCGUGCGCCGCUGCACACGUGAGUUCGGCCUGCUCCUUCUCUUCCUGGCUGUGGCCGUCACCCUCUUCUCCCCUUUGGUCUACGUGGCCGAGAAGGAGUCUGGGCGGGUGCUGGAGUUCACCAGCAUCCCCGCCUCUUAUUGGUGGGCCAUCAUCUCCAUGACAACGGUGGGCUACGGGGACAUGGUGCCCCGCAGCGUGCCAGGCCAGAUGGUGGCCCUCAGCAGCAUCCUGAGCGGGAUCCUCAUCAUGGCCUUCCCGGCCACGUCAAUCUUCCACACCUUCUCCCACUCCUACCUGGAGCUCAAGAAGGAGCAGGAGCAGCUUCAGGCCCGCCUCCGCCACCUCCAAAACACUGGUCUGGCCAGUGAAUCUGAACUCCUGGACCCCCAAGUGGCCAGUGAACACGAGCUCAUGAAUGACGUCAACGACCUAAUCCUGGAGGGCUCGGCCUUGCCUAUCAUGCACAUGUAACUCAGCAGCCCCCGUGACUACAUGGACACACCUUGGAGACAUCCUGAUGGCACUUC